AUGGCCCCUGAGCCUUCCACCAAGGGUCUGUUUGAGUGUGGUAGCGGUUGGUUCGGCCGCACCCGCUGGCAGCGCACUGGCGGCCACGGCUUCCCCGUGGACGUCAAGCUGACCCCCGAGGAGGUGGUUCGUAACUGGGCACAAAUCACCAACUUCGAUGACGGUCGCGCUGAUCACCCCGAGGACGGCCAGGCCGGCGUGGAGAAGAUCAUGGCUAACAUGUCUAACCGCGUGCACGGCGAUACUUCUAGCGAGAACGAGAUCCUGAAGAACAUCGAGAAGGCCAAGGCCCUUUCGAGCGAGGGUACUCCCUUCAACUACGAGGACCGCGAUGUGAUCCUGUACAACCUCAGUUUGGGCGCCAAGCGCACCGACUUGCCUCUGGUCUAUGAGAACAACGACCAGUUCCAGGCCCUUCCCUCGUAUGGUGUUAUCCCCUGGUUCAACACCGUUACUCCCUGGAACAUGGACGAAUUGGUGAAGGACUUCUCCCCCAUGAUGCUGCUUCACGGCGAGCAGUACAUGGAGGUUCGCAAGUUCCCCAUCCCCACUACCGCCAAUACCCUGACCUAUCCCAAGCUUAUUGACGUUAUCGACAAGGGCAACGCAGCCAUCGUCAUCGCCGGGUACACAACGAAGGAUGCCAAGACCGGCGAGGAUUUGUUCUAUAACGAGUCCAGCGUCUUUAUCCGCGGCAGUGGCGGCUUCGGAGGCUCUUCCAAGCCCACUGCUGUGCGCGCCAAGGCUGCCACUGCUGCGUACAAGGCGCCGCAGCGCCAGCCCGAUGCCGUGGUUGAGGAGAAGACCUCUGAGGACCAGGCAGCGCUGUACCGCCUGAACGGUGACCGCAACCCGCUCCACAUCGACCCUGAGUUCAGCAAGGUCGGCGGCUUCAAGACCCCCAUCCUGCACGGUCUGUGCUCGCUCGGUGUGUCGUCCAAGGCUGUCUUCUCUAAGUUCGGUCCGUACAAGAACCUCAAGGUUCGCUUCGCGGGUGUCGUCUUGCCUGGCCAGACCCUUAAGACUGAGAUGUGGAAGGAGGGCAACACCGUCCUGUUCCAGGCCACCGUUGUUGAGACUGGCAAGCCUGCCAUCACUGGCGCCGGUGCGGAGCUCCUGGAGGGCGCUAAGGCCAAGCUGUAA